CUGCUAUGGUAGACCUCAGACUCGAUGUGAUCAGGAAGAAAGUUCACCAUAUUGUUGAAAGCCUGCAACGGAUCAGUACUUUGUGCAAUCCGAAGAUUGGUGAGCCCUCUGUGAACCCGGGUGGCCAUGAAGCAGACGUUGAAGUUCUAGUAGCUGGUAGAGAAGACCUACGUGAUAAAAUAUACGAACUUACGACUAACAAUUCUGGAAGGAUCCAUGCUGAGCAAGUUAGAAUUUUAUCUGAUAUUCAAUACAUUACUCAAGAAACUUAUUUCUCUACAAUUUGCUUUCAUCUCUCACAAUGUGUUGAUCGGGGUGACUGUGAAGAUUUGAAGAAGUAUGGGGAGUUUGCGGAGUUGCUGGUUCAGCAAAUACUCGAACAACUGAGGAAUUUUGAUUCCGUAGAAGUGAAACAGGCAACUAAAGCGGAAUCACUUGAAACUGCUCGGCAAACGUUCAGAAAAAUCAAAAGUCUUACAUCGCCGGUAUUUAGCAUUGAAAAAGUAUUGCGGAAGAUUGAAACUCUUUGCUUACCUCCUGACGGAGAUGCUCCAAGCAUUGGAGUUCGUGAGCUGGAUGUGGAAUUUAAUUCCAUUAAAUCUUUUACUGAAGAAUUUGAGACAAGUGCAAGCGAUUUUGAUACUUAUUUGAGUAGCACAUCGCAUUUGGCUUUGGAGAUAUUUGAGUAUAGUUCGACUCUCCUACAAGAACUAGGAGACAUGGUGAACAAUCGGGAGCUAACAUCGGUGUGCACUCAUCUUCCAAUCGCCAUUGAUCAAAAGAACAAGGAUAAAAUAACGUUUUAUGGACAACAGGUGGCCGAGUUGUGCAAUAAAAUGACUGACAAUAGAAAGAAAAUUGAACGUAGUCUUCGUCAACUCCAAAAAGAUCAUGUCAGUCAGGCAUCGUACGUGGGCCUCUGAAAUUGGAACACUGGAUGCGAUCUUUCGGGUGAUACUAUGACGGGUAUACUACGAUUUUUUGUCAAUCUCGACUUUAUUAGCAUAAUCUAUUGUUUUCUAUUGUUUCUGGUUAAUUCUGGUUAUGCAAAAAAAUAAAGACGGGUUUGUACA